UAAUUUUUAUGCUACCUAUGUUUGAGUUAUUCAUUUGACGAUCCCUUUCCUAGCCCUACCCUUGAUCCACAGAGAUGCUGUCGGCUGUAGUGUUUCACAGUUAGUGUUCGUGUGGGUGUUCGCUUGUAGCCAAGAUGAGCUGUGAAGAUGUCAUCUCUCUGCUGGAGAAGUUACGACAAGAGCAACAAUUUGUAACAUUCUACAAAGUUCACCUCCGAGCUGGUGUACAAGAGCUCAACAAAAGCUGUAACAAUGUCUUCCAUUCCCUUUGGAUAACACACACGCUCACCUUUGCACUCGAACGUGUGCUCUCUGGCACAGUGGCAGGCUAUGAGUGGAGCCUAGCCUUGGAUCAAGGUGUCCAGUUCAUUGAUGCAGCUAAGGUCCUACAGAGACACACACACUCGUACUCCACUUUCCUGUCCUCUCUUCUCACUGACACGAGGCUGUUAGCAGAUGUACUGAUCAUUGCUGACUCUGAUGGUCUUGACUCCCAAUGGCUACUCAAUGAUCUCAUGGCCGUUGUGUUUGGACACUGCCUCUUCCAGAACGACCACGCACACUAUCUACGCCUCCUUCAAGAGUUGCUACGACAACACGUCAAUCAUUGCUCCACUCCUCAGGAUUUGUUCAGUGGAUCUGAUUCUCCCUUCAGUAAAGCACUGACUGUAUAUUCCUCACAACUAACAGAAUUGAAGGCUUUCCUUAGCGAGUUGCUAAGCAACACGGUCAUGAAAGUGUUGGCAUUCGAUGAUUAUCUCGAGUUUGAUGUGGGCAAAGCCGGUAGACGUUUCCAUAGCAACGCGGACAAGAGCUCAGGACUUGUGGAGACAGCUACGUUUUUGUUCAGUGAAGAUUUGGAUGUUUCGUGUGGUCACUUAGUGGCUUUAUCGAUGGACAUUGUGAUGAAGCUUGGAGACAUGAGCUCCCAGUUCCCUGCCAGUAUCAAGUGGUUAGUGUGUUGUCUCAAGAGAGCCGCCAAACACAAGUGGGAUUUGACCCUGGAUCAAGAACGGAGACUAACAGCAGAUAUUGUGUAUGGAGGCAUCAUCAGCUCUGCUCUAGUCAAUCCUGACACUCACGCUGUCAUCGACCCAGGCCUGGUGGUGGGGAGUGUAGCACGGUACAACCUCACACAAGUGACAGCUGUCCUACAGAGAAGUGCCUGGAGUCUAGACAAAGACUCAGUGGCUAAAGUAGUCAAGGAUAUGGACAUGGAGAUGUACUGGUCAGUAUUGGAUGGUUUGGAAGAUGCUGGAAUGUCUGACAGCCUACCAGAGCUGCCUCUGUAUCUACCGGGGCUCAAGAGGUCAUCAUUCCUGGCAUCACAAACUCAACUCAACAAUAUGGUUGGUCUUGCAGCGAGUCUCCUUGCCAACCGUGAUGGUAGGGGGGUGUUCCAUUCUCAGAUGUCCUCGCUCCUCUCUUCACUACCACACAUACUCAUUGAUUCCGCCCACACCACUCCCUACACCCUCACAUCCCUCACACCCUCACACCCACACACAACCAAGAAGCCUCGGACUAAGAAACGUGGCAGCAUGGCACGAUCUGCUCACAUUUCUGUAGAUGUUGUUCCACCACCACGCUCUCGCAGUGUAGGGACCACCCCCCCUGUGGAGGGGUCAGGGUUUAUGCUCCCUACAGAGGUGCUCAUUCUACCAUUCCUUGAUGGUGGAGGCAGUCCAUCCUGGGACUUCCACUUGCUAGCAGAGGGAGAGUUUAUGACACCAUCUUCUCCGACCAAUGAGAUUGUAGAGCAAGAUUCCCCCCCACCACCGAUUGCCCCUCCCCUACAGCUUAGUCCCGCACCCACACUGCUUCUUCAUGACGCUACUAGACACCGCUCCAAUACUCUACCUCCCCCCAAGAGCCCCGGGCACGUCACUAAUGAUGGAGGCGGGGCUAGUUGGUCCCCUGUAAAGGGGGCGUGGCUAAUGGCCGGGCUAGAGGAGGAGUCACCGUACGACAAACUAGAAGCCAAAGAAGUUUAUGUGGCCAGUUCUGAUUCAUCGAUGGCUACCUCACCUAUCACACCCUCCACACCCUCACCAACCACCCCCUCAUUUCACAGCCGGGACACGCCCACAUUGUCUACACCCAUAGAGUCAACUAUCAGCGAUAUGGAGGCACCAAAAAACGAAGCAACGAGUCAAGUGAAUGAACCUAAAAUUAAGUUCAAGAAACGCAAAAAGUUUUGGCCAUUUCGUAAGCACAAAGCGGAUAAAAGAAAAGCACGCAGUCAGAGUGAGGCUGCUAGCAUGGUUAUGGAGACCACACCCCCAAAGUUCCGUGCCCACAGCGAAGGCCUUGCGUUGGAUGAGCCAGUGAUGAGGAAUAGGCGCUCGUACACGUUGUUAACUGGUCACAUCACAGCCAAGUAUGCUGCCCUACAUGCCCGACAGAGAGUGGCAGCAGAGACUAGAGCACACACACUGCUACCAAAGAAAGUGGAGCGAUAUGAUCAUGAAACACCAUCAUCUAUGAGCCUGGAGAUGUUUGGGAGGUCUCUAUAUUGUGAGCAGCUCAAGUUCAAGCUCCGCUGUGCACUACAGAACAUCCCCACACCAGCGUCACUCAACAGUGAGUGUGAUACAAAGCAACAGCUCCUUCUGCUGAUUCAGCAAUCAUUACAGCAUUGUCGAUGGCAACGGGAUAACAUGGAACUCUCUCUAUUAACUGAGCUACUGACAAUGAUACAACCACUCCCCAAUCAGCUUGUGAGUGUGUGUGUCGAGGGCCUCAUGGCUGACUAUCAGAAGCGCUCCUCUUACAUUGCCUACCUCGUUAAGACUCAUCAAAGGUUCCAAGAUGCUCUUCUUCAAGUGGCCUCUCUACAGUCCGCUGUGGACAGGUGGAGAGCGGUCAGUUGUGAGGUAUUUGUGGGACAUGCAGUGGGUCAGUUCCUGACGUCUCGUGACCCCCAGAUCAGGGGGUUGGUGGAGGAGAUGACCUCGGGACUACCAGCCGAUGACAAGGUCUCCCUCAUGGACGCGGGUCAAAGGUCACUAGCGGAGGCUAUAAACAACGACUCGACGUGGCUCUGUUGGAACGAUAUGGAUGACGUGAUGAACCGAUUGGACGAUCACUUAUUUUCUCACCUCUAUGAGCAUGUGUUCCAUCCAAACGGAGACUCGGACACAAUGAGAGACCAGAUCUUCUCUCAGCACUUGACCAGAUUAUCGGAGGCAAUCUCAAUCACUCACAAGAGUCUGCAAAUACCAAUGGUCUAUCAUAGCAGCUGUCCAUGGAAUUCCGCUCAGACGCACCUAAAGGUCAUGAGUACAUACAAGAGUCCCCGUGGGAAGGUUGAGUGUGUGGUCACAUGUUGCAAGGUGCUCAUCAGCCUACUCCAGCUGGCCAAGUGUGGAGACCCUCCUGGCGCUGAUGACAUGUUCCCUGUCAUUGUGUAUGUGCUGCUCAAGGCCAACCCUCCAGGUCUACUGUCCACUGUACAAUAUGUCAAGAACUUCAGUGAAGCCAGUCUCAGUGGGGAGAGCGCUUACUGGUGGGCACAGUUUAGCACUGCAGUAGAAUUCACCAAAACUCUCGAGUAAAUUGAAAACACACUGUCAAAAAUUAUCACUUUUUUAUCUCCAAUGUCAUAGCAUUUUAAUUACCUACUCACUGUGUGCUGGUGUGAAAGAUUGGUUGUCAUCAAUUUAUGCUUUAUGUAAUAGCAUUUCUCUCUGUUUUACACUUUCCAAUUUGUGUAUAAUUAUUAUUCAGACAAAAUAA